CCUAAACCUUUAAUAGUGCCUCCUCGUGGUUAUAUCUUCCGCGGGAGUUUUAGUUCUCGGCGAAAUAACCUGCAAUGUUUGCCAAUCAAAUAAUGUCAAGUGCCUGAAUGAGACCCACUUCAGCUUGUGCAUGGCAGGUGUUGCUCCGGAUCAGGUGAUGCAGUGCCCAGAUAAUGAGGUUUGCACCAGCCUCCUGAAGUUCUGCAUGCCCAGAGGUGUGAUAGCACCUUCCUGCAUUUCGGAGGCUGAUGUAACUUGCCCCUCCUGCGAUGGAUCAUCCUUGUUCGUCUGCACCAGCCGCACUACCUUCCAAAUGUGCAAUGGAAAUCAACUUACUAGCCAAGUUACAAGGUGUAAGGAGAAUACUUACUGUUCUAUAGGUCUGAAUGAGUUCUGUGUGGAUCGAUGUGCAAUUUUAAGGUCUAACACAGGAUUUCAGUGCGACAGGGAGACGCCUUUGGAGGGAUAAAGUGAAUUUUAAGUAAUAAAAAUGUCUUCAAAAUUUAUUUACAUU